AUGCCACUGGCGCUUGGUACGCGUGUCCUCCGACCUCCCCACCCACCCAGGCCCAUACCCGUGCGCCCACGCACUUAUACAAGCUCGUACAACCUGUUUGGUCCUUUUGAGGGUCAAAGAGAGGCACCGCCAGCCCUGCGCCUCGACCUCAACAUCAAAGCCACAGGUGACAUGGGUGGCGGAAGCCUGGCGAUCGUGCGCCCUGGAGUAAUAGAUGGAGAUCCAGAGUGCAACGUGUUGUGCAUUUGCGAGUCGCCUGAUGCGCUUCACGCAUCGGACCAUGAUACUUUUCUCCCAUCCACAUCAACAACAACAAGACCACGACGCGCAUCAUUCACCUUUGGCGACAAGUAUUCGCCAGAGAUUAUUGCACGCGCUGCUGCCGCAUGCCACGCCGACGCCCCAGCUGUAGCAUUCCAGACGCGGACCCAAUCCGAGUCAACCAUCUCGCCAAGACUCAAGUCCAUCCUCAAGAAGGAAAGAAUGAACAGUGAUGCCUCUCUCCCGUUCGGUCCUCGCAAGCGCGUGACCUGGAGCGACGAGGGCUCGGGCUCGUCCAGCACCCUCCAGACGCUCACCGAGACGCCGACUCAGCUGGCCAUCGAACUCACCGAGGCUCUCGAAGGGCAGAAGAAGAGGACGAUCCUCCGCAUGCCCCGUAUUAGGGUCAUGCAGUCGCUUCGCCGACACUCGACCGAUGCCGCAACUGUCCUCCGGAGAGUAGCGGGUUCCGUCGCAAGUGCUGGCAACGCGAUCCCUGGCGUCGCAUACUUCCGCCAACCGUGGGACUACCACUACCCAUCGAGUGAAGACGAGGAGUAUCCAGUGCGUCCCUCUUCGCCGGACAUCGACUGGAUCGCCGCUGGACAAGCAUACACCGAGGAAGAUCUCCAGCGCGAAUAUCCCCCAUUGGCAAUCCCCGACGAGACUGUCCACGAACAGCGCGGGCGUGGACGUGCUUCCUUGAUCCAGCCGGCACUCUCUCGAGUCCAGUCUGCCCCUGCGGGCGGCACCAGACCCAGUCGUGCACCCAGUGACGCGAGUGACACGACCGAUGACUCGGAACCACACUUUGACCCGCGGAGGUUCCAGCUUCCCCCAGGCAUCCUCGAGGGCCGGUACCGCCGGCCAGUGUUCGAGUCCCACCCCGAGCCCACGGAACCGUCCCCUAUUGAACGGCCCACGGCCUCGCGCAACGCGUCCACGACCUCAAACGACACAUUACCCUCGCUCGACUCAAGCUUCUCCUCACUUGCAAGCGAGGGUCCAGAGGGUCCGCCCACACCAUCCGGCUCGAUUCUCCUCUCAGACGACAUGCCUGAAGGAGCAGUCGUCAUCGGCUCCCGACCAAAGUGGUCGCGCCACAGCGCAUACACUGGUUCUGGUGCGUUUACUUUGGCGUGGGGGCUUACACAAUGCCUUGUAACCCACUGGGUCCUCCUCAUAUUAUUAGCGAACGCCAGUCCUGUCUUAUAA